AUGUGGCCAGACCGCGGCCGAUUCUUCUUCCUGCGUGGUGUUCCCCAAAGUGGCCCGUAUGCCCUCUCCCAACAGGAACCCCAAUGGCAGCGACUACUCAUCCCGAUCCUACACCUCCCAGUUGAUCAUGCCAUACAUGUCACAUGUCUCCAGUCCGAUCGAACCACUGAAGACCCGAAGACCCCCGGUCCCUCUUCGCACGGCCCUGAACCUGCGUCACUCCAGCCCUACGGUGGCGAAGAGGACGAAAACUCCACGAAUAUCAGCAUCCCGAGAACUAAUGUCAAUUGGAGACAGCGUCAUAACUACGUUGCUAACAAGGCAGUACCGGCAUCAGAUCCUGCGAAUUGCUAUCCCUAUGAGGCGGACCGAGGCUCUGUCUCUCCCUGGUUCCGUGACCAAGUUCCAUCGGCAGCACCCACCACAACCACACUCCUCCAGAUGCCAUAUCUUUUGUUGAACCCCGUGAUCUGUCUCGUGUGGGAAACGAAUGCAGCGCCGCCAAUGUCACCUCCCCCGCAAGAUGGCUGUCAGAAUAAAGUGCCCAGCAACUUUCUUUGUCUGGGGUACCGGCUGCGGCUGCUUCUUAUAGCCUCACCCCUCUCCACAUUCUCCAAUGGCCCUCUGUCGACCCAUACCAGAUUAGAUAAGACCAUCGGCGCCUUCCACUCUUCACGGGUACCUCCGCCAGAUCUUCUGAGCCUUUGUCGAGAUAACCCCUAG